AUGUCUGCCGUCACAUCGUCAACGGUAAAUCCCCAAAUCCAGGGAACCCGUCAAUCAGCUCGCCAAACCCGUACCAACCCAUCCCGAACAUCCAAAACUGCUGGUCGAUCUUCCUUUGGCUAUGGCCGCGGCUCAACCGUCGAGACCCCCUCUACUCCCCCUGUUCCUCAUGGCUUCUACCCUGCUCUCACACAUUUUACCGACGCGAUAACUGCUCUUCCUCGAGAGUUCCGUCGACACAAUUCUUUGCUGAAAGAGGUAGACGCUAAAGCGUGGGCAUUGGAAGAAAAUCUGCUCCAACUACUUGAACUCUCAUCUACCUCACAACCUGUUCCCCAUCCUACGCACCCGGCGCCAAUAGUCGGUGGGGUGAUACGAGAUGAUGUCUUCCCACAGGACCUCUCCCAGACACCCGAAUCAUCCGAAAGUCAAAACCGGCGUCUUCUUUUCCAGCGUGUUCGCCAGAGCCUUUCCGAUCUUAUGAUGACUGCCGACGAGAAAAACCAUGUAAUAUCGAACGCAAACGAGGAAUUGGACCGCCAGGUCGUGCGCCUGGACAAUGUUUUCCCGUUUAUCGCGGGUGAAAUCAGCGAAGAGGCACGUCUUGGUAGUGACACGCACUGGGCGUACUACUCCAACAAAAACGCUGUCAAGACGACGGCUAAUGAACGCCCACGCCGGGAAGCUGUGUCGCAUAGGCAGGACCUUGCACACGCUCUUCACGAGACUGAAGCUGCGAGCCGCAGUGAUGUACGGCGCGAAGCUGUCAAAGAAAACCGUAAACAGCGUCGUGGCGCAAAUGCGGAUGCGGACUAUGAGGAUUCCCGCGGAGCUCGGAAGACAACUACUGCCAAGUCUCGUGGAGAUAAUGCGGGGACUGAACAGGGCACAACUGCUAAGCGCCGCAAGGUGGAACGGCCGCCUGCUGCGGAUAUGGCGACACCAAUGGAGCGCUCUGCUAGUGGUGCUAUUAGCCAGAGAACCAAUAAAGAUGGUACAGAGAAGAAGCGCAGAGCUCCAAAUGCUGCUACCACUGCAGCUCGGAAAAAAACUAACAACGUUGCGUCCAAUGCCGGAUCGCCUGUCAUGGCUCCAUCCCCUCUUAUCGGAACCUUCAAUGCCCCACGUGGAGCUGCAAGUCCCGGGCCUAGUGCAGCGCGACCUCAAUCUUCUCGAACUCAACAGGCUGUUGGACAAGCGAAUAAUUCUCGACAAAGACCUUCGUCGUCUGCUUCUAAUAGAAUUGGCCAGGCGCCUGCCAAAGCUGCCGACCCCAGAUCAACACCCCGCGACGGGCCCCUCAAAACAGAAGCCAACAACGCCGAAACAACCCGCGACUACGAAGGCGAUGUCGCGCGUGCAUCUACAACAACAGGAGCUAAACGCGACGAACCGGAUGCUCGACCUGCCGAUAUCCAUGAAGCGGAACCAGCCAAAGGACGAUCAUCCAAAACUUCAACUCCUCUUCUACCCCCGCUCGCCGAACCUGUGCAGUCUCGUUCCCGACCAACGCGGAGUACGGACCCUGCGCCGAAUAAGCGCAAUGCGAAGAAAACUGCUGUUGCGCUUCCUGUCAUUCCGUCCGACGAUGAAUCCAUCCACGAAGGCGACGACGAGGACGAAGAGGGCGAGCCUCGAUACUGUUAUUGUAACGAGAUUAGUUUCGGAGAGAUGGUUGCUUGCGAUAAUGAUGCUUGCCCGCGCGAGUGGUUCCAUCUGUCUUGUGUGGGAUUGACGAAACCCCCAGGAAAGAAUGUCAAAUGGUAUUGCAACGAAUGCAAAGAAAACAUGCGUCGAGGUCGCAAUGGCCGAUAG